AUGGACUCUGACAGCUCAGAGGAUUCUGACCUGAGAGCAGCAAUCGCUGCUUCUUUAAAUGAUGCCCAGGGUUCCGGCCAUGAUCAGCCUCAGAAUACGAGUACAGAUUUUGUUGAUCUGACUGGAGAUACUGACGACGAUGAUGUGAUCCCCGUCUUCCCAAAAUCUCACUCAGUUAUUGGCUCCGAUACAAGUCAUGAGGCAAGUGGCAACGACGACGGCGAAGAUGAGGAAGACGAAGACUUGAAAAGAGCCAUCGCACUGUCUCUGAUAAACUCUGACGGCCAAGGGCCCUCGAUUGGGCUAGAUGUGAAACCUUCUCCUCCAUCGGACAGAGUUCAAAAGCCACCUCAGUCAGGGGUUUCUGGCCUGGAUCGGAAAAUGAUGGAGCAAGAACGACUUGCACGACUUGCGAAAAGAAAAGCUGAGGAUUCUACGGCGGUCGAUGAACGCGAAACGAAGCAACCACGAACUGGAACUGAGUCAAACCCAAGGAAAAGUACUGGGGAUGUCUCUAGCUCUACACUAGAGUCACAUAAUUCAACAAAACAGAGCACCCAAAUUAGACGAGAACCAUUACCCACACCAUCAAUUCAGUUUCCCGAAGGUGUGGUUAAGAAAACAUUUGCAUUUGGCUGUCGCAGGUUAGGCGAUGAUAUUAAAAUCGAGGAAGUCUUUCAAAAAUCAGAUCUCGAGCUUGCGGUCUUGAGCUCUUUCAUGUGGGACAUGGAAUGGCUUUUCUCGAAAUUCAACACCAGAAGUACACGUUUUAUUAUGGUUAUGCAGGCCAAGGAUGAUGCUACGAAAAGACAGUACGAAUCAGAGACAGCUGAUAUGAAAAACCUUCGCCUGUGUUUCCCCCCUAUGGACGGUCAAGUUAAUUGCAUGCAUUCGAAGCUCAUGUUACUUUUCCACCCUGGAUAUCUUCGGGUUGCAGUGCCUACCGCAAACCUUGUUCCUUACGACUGGGGUGAGAGCGUAUUUCUCAUCGAUCUUCCCAAGAAAGACGAUAAACCCCCGGGCAGCGAGCCGAGCACACACUUUUACAACGAGCUGGUCCACUUCCUGAAAUCCAGUACUUUGCACGAAAAUAUCAUCUCGAAGCUCGGAAGCUUCGACUUUAGCAAGACAGAACGCCUUGCAUUUGUACACUCCAUUGGAGGCUCUCAUUCAGGAACCGCAUGGAAACGAACGGGUUUUUGCGGCUUGGGUCGUUCAAUAGAACUGUUAGGUUUAAGAACUUCCAACCCGGUAAACCUAGAUUUCGUGACAUCAUCAUUAGGCUCGUUAAAUGCGGAAUUUAUGAAAUCCAUCUACCUCGCUGCUCAAGGAGACGACGGAGCAACCGAGCUCGUUCUCCGAACAGCAAAAUCGUUCCCUGCGCGAAGCCUCUCAGACCCCAAGCGACUCAUCCAGGGCAACACGGCUGAUGAAUGGACGGACAGGUUCCGGGUGUAUUUCCCUUCGCAGGAGACCGUUUCACGGUCCAAAGGCGGUCCACAGUGCGCAGGAACAGUUUGUUUCCAAUCAAGAUGGUACGAAGGUCCGAAAUUUCCUGGGCAUGUUCUACGGGACUGUGAGAGUCGGCGUCAGGGAUUGUUGAUGCACAAUAAGGCACGUUACCUUGACACCUCCUCCCUCUGCUGUCGAGGAUGGGCUUAUAUAGGAAGUGCGAAUCUCUCCGAAAGCGCUUGGGGCCACCUCGUCCAAGACAGAUCUACCAAACAGCCCAAACUCAACUGUCGGAACUGGGAAUGUGGCGUGGUGAUUCCAGUGAUCGAACACAACAACACCGCUCAGCCCACAUCGGACGCAGAGCAGGACGCGUCCUCGUGCACCAAAAAAGGGAAAGAAAGGGCAACUGCUGGAGAUGAGUCUGCAGGGCUGCUGGACAUGUUCCAGGGCAUUGUACCCAUCCCAAUGCGUCUCCCGGGCCAGCGGUACGGUCCGUCUCGCAAGCCGUGGUACUUUAUGGAGAUGUAA